UUGGUGCUAGUUGCACACUACCACAGACACAGCUUUAAAAAGAAGUUCAAAUAAAAAGCCCCUAUUCCAGCUAAGCACAUGACUCUGAAGGAAGUUAACAGUGUUUCUUCUGUGGGCUACAGAAACCCUGCAUUUGAGGAUGAUAUCAAAGAAGAUGACAUAACAAACAACAAAAGUACUGAGCUUAAAAACAGGAACUUAGAUAAGGGCAAUUUUGCACCUCCUAACCAGUAUGAUACAAAAAUCAGUACUGGAAUCGAUCACCAAAUGAAACCUGAAUCGGGAGGAAAUGAACUGUGCAAAGGGUACCUGGAAAAGAAAUAUGAUGCAAUCAUUGUUUUUUACAGAACACAUAAAACCACAAUUCGCUAUAUUAUUUAUGGAACACUAAUAACAGCUUACCUGGCAAUGGUAAUUGCGGCCUGUACCUUGAAUUUUCACAGAGCCUUGGCCCUUUUUGUACUCACUGUCACGGGAAUCUUUUUCAUCUGCUGGGACUUUUUGAUGGCCAGAUAUGAGGACAGAAUUACAGAUUUUUUUUCCCCUUGUGGGAGGAUUCUAAAAGAACAUUGGUUUUGGCUGAAAUGGGUGGUAUGGAUAGGUCUAGUGGCUGCCCUUGUGUGCUGGCUUAUCUUUGACACUGCCAAACAAGGAACCAAUCAGCUCAUCUCUUUUGGUGGACUUGCAAUGUAUGUUUUCUUAAUGCUUGUCUUCUCCAAAUACCCAACUAAAGUUGUAUGGAGGCCAGUCAUCUGGGGAGUAGGACUGCAGUUUGUUCUUGGACUACUUACCUUGAGGACAAAGUUUGGAUUUGAUGCUUUUAAUUGGCUUGGUGACCAAGUGCAGGCUUUCUUGGCAUACACAGAUGCUGGUGCUAAGUUUGUGUUUGGUGAGAAAUACACUGAUCACUUCUUUGCUUUCAAGGUGCUGCCUAUAGUAGUUUUCUUUAGCACGGUAAUGUCUAUGCUAUAUCACGUUGGAUUCAUGCAAUGGCUUAUUAAAAAGGUGGGAUGGAUAAUGCAAAUUACUCUUGGAACAACUCCAGUUGAAUCUUUAGUGGCAGCUGGCAACAUAUUUGUGGGACAGACGGAAUCUCCUCUCCUGGUGAAGCCUUAUCUACCAUAUGUCACCAAAUCUGAACUCCAUGCCAUCAUGACAGCAGGGUUUUCCACCAUUGCUGGGAGUGUCUUAGGAGCAUAUAUUUCUUUUGGGGUUUCAGCUUCCCACCUCUUAACUGCUUCUGUGAUGUCAGCACCAGCAGCCUUAGCUGUCUCCAAACUCUUUUGGCCUGAGACUGAAUGUCCCCAAAUAACCACACAGAAGGGUACAAAACUAGAUAAAGGGGACUCAAAAAACUUGUUGGAAGCUGCCAGCCAAGGUGCCUCUGCCUCCAUCCCCCUAGUGGCGAACAUCGCUGCAAAUCUGAUUGCCUUCCUUGCCUUGCUGUCUUUCUUUAACGCUGCCCUGUCUUGGCUGGGAAACAUGUUUGACUACCCGCAGUUGAGCUUUGAGAUUAUUUGUUCCUAUGUCUUCAUGCCAUUUUCUUUCAUGAUGGGCGUAGACUGGGAAGAUAGUUUUAUUGUUGGUCGACUCAUAGGUUACAAGACCUUCUUCAAUGAAUUUGUGGCUUAUGAACGUCUUGCAGAAUUUAUCCAGCACAGGAAAGAUGGAGGAGAAAUGUACAUCAAUGGCAAGAAGCAAUAUAUGAGUAUCCGGUCUGAAACCAUUGCCACCUACGCCCUCUGUGGAUUUGCAAACUUUGGCUCCCUGGGAAUGGUAAUCGGAGGUCUAACAUCCAUGGCUCCCUCCAGGAAAAGAGACAUUGCAGGGGGUGCCAUCAGAGCCAUGAUUGCUGGGACUGUGGCCUGCUUCAUGACCGCUUGCAUUGCAGGAAUAUUAUCUGUUGCAGAAGAUCCAUGCAAUGCUAUAUUAGGAAGCAGUUUCAACACUACUACAAACAGCACAGAAAAGGUUACAUGCUGCCUAAAUCUGUUUAACAGUGUCAGUGCAAACAGUCAUGCGGAAAUCUUCCUAAAAGGAAACCAUAGUUUAAAAUCCUUGGCAGGAUGUUGUAAGAUAUUGGACCCACCCACAUUUAACUGCAGUUGGACCACUUCAUUUUAAACUGAGGCACUUUAUAUAAAAGACAAGUAUUGGAUUUCACUUGAUUGCUGUACUGUUGGAAACACAAAUGACUUUUUUGUUACAAAUAGGACUAAUCUUAUUUUCAGUUUAAACUAACAGAACAGAUUUAUGCAAGUUCUUCAGCUUCUUUGACAUUAUUGGGCCAUGUCAAGGGAAGCCCUGAUUAAUUCCCUGGUACUUCACUUGCAUUCAUGCAUAACACUCCCUCCCUCACCCCAAAUGUUUGCAGUUGUCAAAUACAUGUACAUAACUACCAUGCUAGAGUGAGGCAUAUGGAUUAUCUCCCAGUGCAAGACUGUGGGACUGGGCCCACAGAUGAAAUGAGUACAUCUUUUGUCAUCUUUUCAAUUCUCUAGUUUCAAGAGUUAUCACCAUGGCUGGGUUGGCUCUAUUCUGUGCCAAGUAGCAAUAAAUUAUUGUUUAUUUACUUUAUUUAUAUCCCACCUGACACUCCCCAAUGAGAACCCAAAGGGGCUUCUUCUCUCCAUUUUAUUCUCACAACAUUAUGAGGUAGAUUAGGCUGAAAAUGGUUUGAUUCAGGAUCAGCAUAGGAGCAAUUAGCACAGUUUAUUGGCUAUCAGUUACAGCCUUUUGGUAAUUAGAGCCCCAUGUUUUAUAAAAAAAACACAGGAGACUUUAUCACCAAAAUCGAGGGUUAGUUAUGCCAAAGAGGGCUGUAUUAAUAAUAAUGGACAUAAAUUCUUUAUAUACUAACAUCCCCAAUGAAGAAGCUAAAAAUGUAUUAGAAGAUACUUUAACACCCAUAAAAAAUGGACCCACCAACUUUUUUUCUAAUAGAACUUGUAGAUACUAUUCUAAUUUCAGGUUUGAUAUAAAAUUUUUCCCCAAAGGUCAUGUGUGACUAUGGCAUCUUGACGAGCCCCAGUGAUUGCCAACAUUUUUAUCCAAGAUCUGGAAAGCAGAAUUAUUUGUAAUUCAAACAUCAAUCUCUACCAUAAAUAUAAUAUUAAAUAUCUGUGUUGCAUUGAUGGUAUUUUUUCUUAUUUUUGAAGAUGACCAUGAGGUACAGUCAUUUUUCCUAUGUAUUGAUGCUAUACACUCUAGUAUUAAGUUUACUUGCUUGUGCAAUAAGGAUACUAUUAAUUUUCUAGAUACUGUAAUACAUCUUAGCACAGAAUGUAUACUAACCAUUAAAACAUACAAUAAGCCUACAGAUAAAAAUUAAUUUCUACACUACAAAUAAUUUCAUCCUAAACAUCUAAAAAAUAAUAUCCCAUUAAGCCAACUAUUAUGCAUUAAAUACGUGGGGUUUUUUUUACAGGAUGGACAAAAGCUCUUACAACAGUUUAAUAAUAGAGGAGACCCAUCUAUUGUAAUUAACAGAGCAUGGAAUAGGACUCUGGAAGUUGAAAGGGAGACACUUUUUGUCAAGAAAGCAAACCUAAAUUCAGUGGGAUGACUUAUGGGCAUAAUUUUAUACUUACGGCAAAGCCUAUAAAAAUGUAUAAACAUUCACAUAUUCUCUCAAACAUACUGAGUUGUCAUAUAACUCCUAGGAUAGAAUUUAGAAGAACAUCAAGUUUAGAAUCUGUAGGCACUGUGCCAUGUCCACAUUUUCUUUAAAAAUAUAUAUCAUUUUCAACAUCCUACAACUAGAGAGUAUACAUAGGAACUUUACAUUCCAAACCAAAGAUGCGUGUAUGUUGUAAUUUGUACUUGUAAUUUUCUGUAUAUUGGGAUGACAUUAAGAUCUGUGAGCUGUAGAAUUUCUAAACACAGUUCUAAAAUUAAAAAUCAAGGCACAGAGGCUCCUGUGGGGCAACAUUGUUAUGAAACACACAGUGAAUGACCUAAUUUUUUGUACUGCAAACAUAUAAACUACACAGCUUCAGUAGAAUGAGUGUAAAAAGAUAUAUUUUGCAGGCAGGAGCAUGGUGGAUAUUCUGGUGGCACAUGCAUGCCGCAGAGGGUUUGAGUACGCAAAUAGAGUAUAAUUGCUUUCUCUGUGUGUAUACCUCUGGUGAGUUACUGGUGAUGGUUCACACAGCUGAAACCAAUUUAUAAUGGGGGUUCCUUAAGGGCCCAUUCUAGUCAGUGAAUGGCAGAAGAUCAUUUUUGCUUCGUUUAAAAGAGUUUUUCCUUUAGAGCAGUGGCAGUUGAGAUCACAGGGAAGAAUUUACAACUGACUUUUGAAAAUAUUUUGAACUGCUUUGUUGAUGUUACUCAUUGACCGUAAUAGUAAUGACACUGCAUGCUGUGAUUGUUUUCUUAUUGCUGGCAUUAUUAUAGUUUAUUUUUAUUAACUGCAUCAUCUUUUGUAUAGUCGGGUUAUAAGGUUUUCCUCCUUUUAUGGUACAAAAGUUGCUCCCUGUGAUCCAUUGUGAUGCCCAGUACAUUUGCCUGAAUCUUUUCAUGUUAUCUGUGAGAAGAACUGCUGUGAUAAAAUAUUGCAGAAUAAGAGAUAAUAAAUGCUUUCAUUAAUAGUAUAACCCAGUGAUGGUGAACCUUUUUAAGACUGAGUGCCCAAAUUACAACCCAAACCCCACUUAUUUAUCGCAAAGUGCCAACCGGGCAAUUUACCCUGAAUGCUGAGGUUUUCGUGUAGAA